AUGGUCGACGCCAAGGCCGGUCUGCACCGCGCCCGGUCGCGCUUCGUGCGCCUCAUCAUCAACAAGGACGGCAACAUGGACGCGCUCGAGGAGCGCCGCGAAGAGCUCGUCGUGCUCGAGCGCUCCAAGCAGGCGUGGACCAACUACCGCCGCUUCUGCCAGUUCCGCUUUGGGUACCUCGCCUUCCUCGUCCUCAUCUCGAUCGUCAUCUUCUCGUUCGCGCUCCUCAUGGAGCUCUUCUUCGCGGUGUUUCUCCCGGCCGCGCGCGAAGACGCCAACUACUACCUCCGGUCCUUCCUCAUGCUGCUCGCGCUGCCCAUGACGCUCGUCUUCCUCUCGUACAUGUUCGAGGAGGCGCUGCGCCUCUUCUCAGACGCGCUCAGCGGCACGGAAGGCAGCCUCGCCAACUUUCGCCUCUCGCUCGCCGUGCUUAUUCACGCCGCGCGACACAAGGCCGUCAUGACGCGCGAGCACACGGACCUCUCGCACGUCGACCCGUACUUUGGCGACAACGCGGCGCUCGAGAUCCAGCCGCGCGCGACGCCGGGCGACGUCGAGAACCACGUGCCCGGCAGAGACAUUGACUACUCGACGUUUGUGGUCGUCGAUCUCAUUUGCCCGAUCUUGUUCGAGGUCGUGACGCUGGUCGCGUUUCUGAUUUCGCUGGUUGCGACCUUCUCGCUCUCCGAGGCGUUCACGACGUACCUCCGCGCCGGCUUUUACGUGGUCGUCUUCUACCUCUGCGCCUGGGUCGUCGGCCAUUUCUGGACGACGCGCAGCAAGCGCAUGCGGUACCUCGUGCUCACGUACCGCGUGCACCGCGAGCGCAUGAAGGCCGAGUGGGCCAACCACUUUUGGCUCCUCGACAUUGGCUUCCGCGCGUUCUACUGCCUCGGCUGGACCAAGCCCGAAGACGUCUCAAGCACCGCCGCGCCACGCGAGCCCGGUCGCGUCGCGCGCGCGAUCCACGCGGCCAACGACAGAAAUCCGUACCGAAAGCUACACGCGAACCUCAAGAUUGCGCUCAUGCUCCCGUGCAUCUUUCUCGGCGCGUUCGUGUCGUUCUACGUCUUCCAGCUCGGCUGGCCCAUCAUGGGCUGCAGCCUCCUCCUCCUCGCGUCGGCGCUCCGGACGCGGUUCCCGCAGAUCUUUGGCACGUCCUUCUUCUACUUAUCUUGGCGCGGCUCGUUCGACGUGCGCCCGCCCGUCGAUCCGCUGCACCCGAACGUCUCGAUCGCGCUCCCCGGGCAGUUCAACAUCCCCGUGUACCCGAUUUGCCACUUUUCGCACCAGACGCUCGACGUGAUCGACUUCGUGUUGAUUUCCGACGCGGCGUACGGCUCGACCAACGAAAUGCAAGACGCGAUGCUCGGGAAGCGCUUCAACGGCACGGCGCUCCACAACUGGAGCGUUCCGGAUCGCAGCAACCUCGCGACCGACCACCAGCAGUGGCUUCAGAUCGACUUUGCCGACUUGAACGUGACCGUCGUCGCGAUCCGAGGCACCGCGUCAGCUGCCGAUGCACUCCAAGACAUGCACUACUGGUUCGGCAUCACGAUCAUGCAAACGGCCAACGUCUUCAUCCCGUUCCUGAGCCAACUGCCCCAGGACUUUGUUGUGAACCUCCUCUCGCUGCGCUUUCUCAACAAGAUCAUCCCGACACCGGUCUACCAAAAGCUUCUCGACAAGUCCAACAUCGUUGUGACGGGCCACUCGCUCGGUGGCGCCAUGGCCGCCGUCGUGGGCGCCAAAAUGCACUUGCCUGCGGUCUCGUUUUCGGGCCCGGGUCUCUUGUAUUCGCGCGGUCGGUUUGACAUUGACGACGAGCGCUCGAUUCGCGACUACGUGCUCACGGUCAAGCCCCGGGGCGACUUCGUGCCGCGAGUGGACCGCCUCGGCGGCCUCGUCCAAGACAUCGACUGCCGCCGCAACAACCCGAAAGCAUGCCACGGCACCGACACGCACGCGUGCGAGUUUUACCUCACGUGCGGCGACAAGCGCGGCCGCGACUGGUCCCGUGUCUGCGAAGAGUACCGGAACCUCGCUAAGAAGAUUGAUUCGAUCACAACGCAGAGCAACAACUAGCUACGACGGACAUGAUCAAGCUGACACUUUUUGUAUAUUCUGUGCUUUUGAGCACACAGAACGCUGCUAUACGUACAAUAACGUAUGACCACCACGCGCGGCGCUAGACCA